UUCACUUUUCUAACUUUAGCUAGUGUGUAAUUUUCCUGUUUGAGCAUAAACAACAUCUGCAAAGUUACAACGUUCAAAGUUUUAAGCAAAGGGAGAUAUUUGCUUUUAAAGAAAUCCAUUUCUAAGGACUACAGCAAACGGCCGGUAGGGACUACACGACAUUCCUUCAGGGUUGCUGACGUCACUAAGCCCAAUAUUUACAUAAACCCCUCCUCCGAGAAUAAUAGAUUAGGUGGGGGGCGAGGCCAUUUUAUAUUGCUGUGGAGAUUGAGAAGAGUUGUUGUAUGCUGGAGUGUCUUUGCCGCGAUGCCGACGAAACGCUGUUAUUUUCAUCCGGAUUGCAGGUCCACUUUGUUCAGCCUUCCUAGGGACGGGGAAGUUAGGGAUCAAUGGUUAAAAUUUAUUUUUAACUCGGUCCCUCAAAAUUAUUACCCAAAUCUCGCUCUCUGUGCUGCACAUUUUACGGAGGAAAGCUUCCACAAUCUUCGCGAGUUCAAUGCAGGAUUCGCCCAACGGCUUGUCCUGAAAGAUGGAGCAGUUCCAACUUUAAAAACAGAAGCUGUUUACGGGCCACAAGCUACAACAUCUCAGCAGGCUGCGAGUUCCCAAGAGCUCUCCACUACAUCUACACUUCAUGAAGUUGGAUGUCAGUCAGACCCUAUAGAGAUCGAAACUGUAGCCACAGAGAUAAAGCCGAAGAUGCGAUCAGUGGGCACACAACUUUCAAUGGGUACAUUGAGCAGUUUCCACUUAAGGAGCAAAGGCAUUCAGGCAACAUAUUAUGGUCAUGAUGUGGGCACCCAAACAACUGACAUGUUUCCUGAUGUGCAGCUGUCUUCAACACCAGUAAGGGGCUCAGUCUUCAGGCCCAGUAAGAGACCUCGUCUGGUGUUAGAUGAGGAAGAAGAGUCAGAAUUAAAUGUCGAACCCACUGAUUCCACAUAUAACCCAGAUUCUGUUGUCACUGAAGAAUCAGAAUUGCCGUAA